AUGGAGAAGGAAACAACGAUAAAGACGAUGGCUACUCGAUGUCUCUUUACAUUGCUUACUUUAACGUUUGUCUAUUCAGCCAUUCUUGCUCAACAGACCAAACCAUGUGAACCCUGCGAUCCGAGCAAAUGCCCAUUGACCUCGGAUAAAGAAUGCCUCGCCGGAUUAACACUCGAUCGUUGUGGUUGUUGUCAAGUUUGCGCUCAACGUGAAAGUGAACUAUGCAAUCACCCCGAUAUCCCAGCGAGCAAACAGUAUGAAGCAUGUGGUGAAAAUCUUCAGUGCAAAAUUCGUGCGGAUACUCGCGGUGCACCACGUGAAGCUCGAUGUGAAUGUAAUGAUCAAGUAGAAAUGUGUGGUUCGGAUGGCAAAACUUAUCGUAACUAUUGUCAUUUAAUGGAAUCAAGUCGGCUUGCUAAAAUCGAACAGAAACCGCUUAUUAAAGUUUUCAAACGUAAACCAUGUGAUUCAGCACCCGAAAUAACAUUACCACCCGUGAGUGUUUCGAAUAAAACCGGAAGUAAUGUGUUUCUCACAUGUGAAGCUGCUGGUGUUCCAUUACCGGUCGUUGAGUGGGUUUAUACAGCACCAAAUGGCAAGCAAAUUGUUUAUCCAACUGAUGAUGAUCGUAUUUCUACAUUGGUUCGUGGUGGACCAAAUGCUCACGUUUUAACAUCAUGGCUUCAAAUUCAAUCAUUACAAAACAAUGAUCAAGGCAGCUAUACAUGUGUUGCUAGCAAUGCAUUGGGCAAAGUCGAAAGAUCAUGUACUGUUUCGGUUGAAACGAGCCGUGAACUCUAA